AAGAAUAAAGCCGAAGCAGUCAUUCUUUGCUUUGCACAGUCAAAGGCAGGCUGGAGACAGCUCAAGUUGGCACUUCGGCUUCUGAAAUCAAAGGGCUACUCCGUCGCCUCAUCAACCCCCUGCCCAAAAUGAUCAAAGGCCUCUUUGUUACGACUUGCAUGGUACUUCUUCACCAUCAAGGGAACUCCCUGAAGGAACUUCCUGGAGUGAAGGACUACGAAGUAGUGUAUCCACAAAAAAUCCAUGCAUUGCACAAAAGAGAUGUCGGAGGAAGUCAGAACCACAAGGCCAAGUAUGAAGAUGCUGCAGACUAUGAAAUGAGAGUGAAUGGCGAGAAGGUGGUCCUUCACCUCGAAAGAAACAAGGAUCUUCUUUCCAAAGACUACACUGAGACCCAUUUCUCCCCUGAUGGCAGAGAAAUUACAACAAGCCCAGAUGUUGAGGACCACUGCUAUUAUGAAGGUUACAUCCAAAAUGAUACUGACUCUACAGCAAGCAUCAGUGCAUGUCGUGGGUUGAGAGGGUAUUUCAAGAGUGGUGGUGAGAGGUAUCUUAUCGAACCUCUGAAGCUCUCAGACAGUGAAGCACAUGCAGUCUUCAAAUAUGAUAGCCUAGAAAAGGAUGAGACCCCCAAGGUCUGUGGGGUAACCAACACCACUUGGCAAUCAGAAAACCCCACCAGAAAGACCUCCAGGAUGAGCACAAGCGCAGAAAAGCAGGCAUACCUGAAGGCCAGGAAAUAUGUUGAACUUUACAUAGCUGUAGACUACACAGUGUUCAGGAAGUAUAGCCGCAAUAUGACUGGCAUUAGGACAAGAGUAUUUGAAAUAGUCAAUUACAUAAACAUGGUUUACAAAGCCAUAAACGUUCAUGUAGCAUUGAUUGGCCUAGAAGUUUGGUCUGAUGGGGAUAAGAUUGAUGUGAAUGAAUCUGCGGGCAGCACUUUAGACCGGUUCUCAGCGUGGAGGCAGGCAGUUCUGUUGAAGCGGAAAAGGAACGAUAAUGCUCAGCUUCUCACAGGAAUUGACUUCAGUGGACCAACAGUAGGACUGGCCUAUGUUGGAACCAUGUGCAACCCUGCUCAUUCCUUGGGAGUUGUUCAGGAUCACAACCCAAACCCAAUUGCUAUUGGUGCAACCAUGGCCCAUGAAAUGGGGCAUAACUUUGGCAUGAAUCACGAUGCAAGUUUCUGUAAGUGCAGUUCUGGAUCAUGCAUCAUGGCGGCGCAACUCAGCUACAAAACUCCCCGGGACUUCAGCUCCUGCAGUUUGCAGGAUUUUCAGAAAUACAUCAUGGACCGGACCCCAUCCUGUAUAACUAACAUGCCAUCUCCAAAAGAUAUCAUUGCAACCCCAGUCUGUGGGAAUGACUUUGUUGAAGAGGGAGAAGAAUGUGACUGCGGCUCUCCAGAGGAAUGCAAAAAUGACUGCUGUGAGGCUGCAACUUGUAAACUGAAGCCAGGUGCUAAAUGUGGAUAUGGGGACUGUUGUGAAAAUUGCCAGAUUAGAAGAGCAGGCGCUGUAUGCCGGCCAGUGAAGCAUGACUGCGAUCUACCAGAACUGUGCACAGGGACCUCUCAGCAAUGUCCGAUGGAUCGCUUCCGAGUGAAUGGAUUCCCUUGCAAAAAUAACGAGGGUUACUGCUACAUGGGGAAGUGUCCCACUUUGCAGAACCAAUGCAUUGCACUUUGGGGGCCAGGUGCCACAGUGGGUGUGGAUUCUUGUUAUGCUAUAAACCAGAACGGGGUUUAUUACGGCCAUUGCAAGAAGGCUAAUGGCACAUACAUACCAUGUGGAAAAAAAGAUAUAAAGUGUGGCAAGUUAUAUUGUACAGGGGGCUCUCGAAUGCCUUCAACUGGAAGUCUAGUGUCGUUUGAUACAUGCAAAGGCAGUUUCCCAGGCAAGGACCAAGAAGAUGGUGGAAUGGUUGCCACUGGAACAAAAUGCGGAGAAGGCAUGGUCUGCAGCAAUGGGCAAUGUGUCGAGAUUGAGAGAGCCUACAGGUCCACAAACUGUUCUUCCAAGUGCCAAGGACAUGCUGUAUGUGACCAUGAGCUGCUAUGCCAGUGUGAAGAAGGAUGGGCACCACCAAAUUGCGAUGACCCCACAGCAAAUAGAUAUAUCAUCAUCAUUGUUGCAGUGUUGUUAGCCAUUUUAGUCACAGCAGUCACCAUCAUUGUCUUGUUCCGGUACAAAAUUUCAAAGAAGAAAAAUAGUCCAAGCACCCACAAGAGUGUGGCUGGAUCCACAAACCAUGCCUUCUCAGGUCAAGAUCAGAAGAGAAGACAGCAUCUUGGCCCUGUGCCUGGCCCUCCAGAGGUCACCUCUUCCAGAGUUCUGCUCCCUCCACCUCCACCCCAAGCAAACAAACCACCAGUUUCUGUUCAAAUUCCAGAUGAACCGUGCAACCACCUAUCAACCAUGUAUCAAAAUGCCAGAAUGCCAAUUGUAAAGCCAAACAUUCCUCCACCUCCAAUUCCAGCUGCCAAGACAGGGUUUUCUUCUGUCAACAGCAAUGCAGCAGCAGCAAUGACGGCAACUCCUUCUCCCCACUUCAAGCGUAAGACAGCUCCUCCACCUCCGCCCCAGGCACUGAAGCCCCCAGGUAACCCCAAGAUAUGAAGCAAAUGAAGGACCAAACCAAAUACUGUUCUCCAGUUUCAAGGAACCUUCCCCCAUGGCUUCUCCAUCUGUGAAGAAAACAGAACAAGCUUUGUUUUAAAAGGUCUAAUGGUUUUGUCUGCAAAAGGAAUUGAAGUAUUUGUGUUCAGAGUAUUGUUGCCUGCAAUCCUCCUGACUCUUCAUCAAGUAACUGAAAGGUGCAAUAUUCAAGCAUUUCGCAAUAUAUCCGUAGUGAUAGAAUCACGAUUUAGGAGAUCCUGGUACAAAAGAAACGGUGAACUGAGCCAUGUAGUUUUAAGCAGUUUCUUUCUGGGCCAGUGGUCUCCAUGCCAGUUGUGAUCGCCCAUCACUGCCAUCUGUGGACAGGACCUGAGGUUUUUGGAGGCUGCUCAAAGCAUUAUGGGAUUAGGAGUGGGGUUUCCCCCUGACUACUGAACUGCUCAUCUUAUUUUCGUGGAGUGAGAGCAUACCACCAUGCCUUGAACAAUCCCUCAAAACAAUGCAGGCUAUUAAAAUGGGGGAAAGUCAAUCUGUUUGACCCUUCUCGCCACCUUGAUGCAUCCACAAACCAUCACUUUCUCAGGAUGCUCAGACUCCAAAUCUCUUGUGCUUCAUGCAUUUACUGCUAAACAGCUUCCAUAAUGUGCAAUGGUACUAGUGUUGCCAGCUUCUUUUACCAGCACUGCUCCUGUGCAUUUAACAACAGCUUGAUCUGCAGAUAUGUGCAGGUGACUGUGUUUCUCUCUCAAAUGCUGAUUCUUUCAAUCCAAGCUGCUGUUAAAGGCAGAGGAGCAGGGCAGUUGGCAACCCUAAAUGAUAGAAGGCGUCCUUGUUAGCACUUGCUUAGAGUUCCAUUUUAAAUAGUUUAUUUAUCAUAGAGUGUAAACUUAAGAAACACUACUAUUCAAAUGCUCACAUAUGCUUUAAGCACCUGAUUUGUAUGUGGCUGUGAAAUAAGUUGGAAUACAACAGUAUAUUCUUUCUUUUUGGGUUAACUCUAUGAAAAGGUCAGUAGUGAAAUGAUUACUGUAGAAAUUAGUGGGGGAGCAAUGGGAUCCAAUGUACUUCGUGCAAUAUCAAAAAAAUCAGGUACACCAACACAACUAGAAGUAUAGACUUGUUAGGUCAGAACAAUUACCUUUCACUGUUUUUUGAUAAGGAUUCUCCACUGCGCGCUCUCUCCUCACACAGAACACUGUGUGCCCACAGUUUGCUUACUUUUCAGUUAAUUCAUGUCUCCUUCCCUCUGCAUCACCAAAGCAAGCAUGAUGUGAUCAUAUGCACAGUUGCAUCAAGAUUCCUUGGGAUACAUGC